GGACUCAGAGAGUUGCAGACAGACAGACAACUUAGCUGGACCUGUAAGCAAGCCUGAGAGACAACAGACAAACAUGGUGAUGAUGAAGAGCCCCUUCGUUCUGGCAACCUGCCUCCUGCUUCUCUCAUCUCUCAUUCUUCAGACAUAUGCCAAGACCUUUGGUCCAGAAGAAUGCUGCUUCAACUUCAUUGUCAAACCACUGUCAAAGAAACGAGUGGUGAACUUCAGACGCACAGAGUCUCUGUGUCCCAUGGAAGGUGUUCUUUUUACAAUGAAAAAUGGUAACGAACUCUGUGUUGACGAGUCUCAGAAGUGGGUGAAGGACAUCAUUAAAGACAAGGAGAGGAACCAGAACAAAGGAGUGAGCAACUCCAACACCACAGCAUCCCAGUAGCCCUAUCUACCCUGACCUCUCAAAGCUCACUGAGCCAAGCUGAAGUGCUGGUGGAAACAUUUACCUUAAGCUCUCUCUACCUGCACACUGAGAUUUUUUAUACAUAUAUAUAUAUAUAUAUAUAUUUCAAUAAAUGCAAAAAUUAAUUAAA